AUGAGCGACGGCCUUGUCAAGAGGGCGUCUUCUUCGGAGGGCGCCCACGGCGGCCACGACAUCGAGAAGACGGGCUACCAAACACAGACCUACGACGACAACCUCAAGGAGAAUGUCCACAUCCGCGGUCUCGAGACCAGCGAGGACACGAAGCUGCACCGUGGUCUCAAGGCCCGCCACAUCACCAUGAUUGCCAUCGGUGGUGCCAUCGGUACCGGUCUCAUUGUCGGAACCGGCAAGGCUCUCGCCCAGGCCGGCCCCGGCUCCGUCUUCAUCUCGUACACUCUCGUCGGUUUCAUCGUCUUCCUCGUCAUGGCUGGUCUUGGUGAGAUGGCUGCUUGGCUGCCCAUCUCUUCUGGCUUCACUGGUUACGCCUCGAGAUUCUGCGACCCCUCGCUCGGUUUUGCCCUCGGCUGGACUUAUUGGUUCAAGUACAUCAUCGUCACGCCCAACCAGCUUACAGCGGCUGCUUUGGUUAUCCAGUUCUGGGUAGAUCGCGAAAAAGUCAACCCCGGUGUCUUCAUCGCCAUCUUCCUCGUCGCCAUUGUCUGCAUCAACUACUUCGGUAUCAGAUUCUUCGGUGAAUUCGAGUUCUGGCUCUCCAGUUUCAAGGUCGUCACCAUUGUCGGAAUCAUCAUCUUCUCUCUCGUCCUGGCUCUGGGCGGUGGCCCCGACCACGACCGCAAGGGAUUCCGCUACUGGAAGAACCCUGGUGCCUUCAAGGAGUACAUCGACACUGGUGAUGCCGGCCGCUUCUACGGUUUCUGGUCCUGCAUGGUCAACGCCACCUUCGCCUACCUCGGUACUGAGCUUGUCGGUGUCACCGUCGCUGAGGCUCAGAACCCUCGCAAGACGAUCCCCCGCGCGAUCAAGCUCACCUUCUACCGUAUCCUCUUCUUCUACUGCUUCAGUGUCCUCCUCAUCGGCAUGCUCGUCCCCUACAACUCCCCGGAUCUCGCCUUCGCCAACAAGUCCCAGACCGGUGCCUCCGCCUCCCCCUUCGUCGUGGCUGCCACGCUCGCUGGUGUCAAGGUCAUCCCCCACAUCAUCAACGCUUGUAUCUGCAUCUUCGUCUUCUCUGCGUCCAACUCAGACCUCUACAUCGCCUCCCGUACCCUCUACGGUCUUGCCUCUGACGGCUCUGCCCCUGCCAUCUUCAAGCGCACUGACAAGCGUGGUGUCCCCAUCUACGCCCUCGGGUUCUCCGCCAUGUUCGCCCUUCUGGCUUUCAUGAACGUCUCCAACGACUCCAAGGCUGUCUUUGGUUACUUCGUCAACCUCACCACCAUCUUCGGUCUCUUGACCUGGAUCUCCAUCCUCGUUACCCACAUCUGGUGGUGCAAGGCCCGCAAGGCCCAGAACAUUCCCGACGAGAUCCUUCCCUACGUCGCCCCCGUCGGCAUCUGGGGCUCGUACGGCGCUCUGUUCCUCUGCAUCAUCAUCGCCCUCACCAAGAACUACGACGUCUUCACUGGCGGCGACUUUGGCAAGGAGAAGUACAAGACCUUCAUCACCGGCUACCUCGGCAUUCCCCUCUACCUCAUCCUGAUCUUCGGCCACAAGCUCUACUACAAGACCCGUGGCGUCAAGCCCCACGAGGCCGACUUCUACACCGGAAAGGACAUCAUCGACCGCGAGGAGGAGGAGUUCCUCGCGCGCAAGGCUGCCCAGAAGGAGGCCAACGGUGGCAAGGGCGGCAAGGGCGGUUGGUUCUACAAGACCUUCCUUUCCUGGCUCUUCUAA